AUGGAAGAGUAUGUGAAAGAAGCACCAUUAGCAGCAGGUGCCAAGAAGGAACAGGUACUGGAGAAACUUACUGCCCCCAAAGAGAUCUUAGCCAUAGAGUACGAAAAGCCACCAAAAGUUGUUGAAGAGAAACCGGAAUCACCUGAAGCACCGGUUAAAGCAGAAGCAGAAGCGGGUGGAUUGGACAAGCUGACACUUGACAGCCUAUACGAGGAUGCAAUUAGAGUGAGUCAACAGCAAAACAGGAGCCACAAUCCAUGGGAACAGCAUCCAGUUCAUAACGGUCCCAUGAUGCACCAGCCUUUCUUUGCAUCUAAUGGACUCCCAGCUCCUCCUCCUCUUCAAAUGGCGAAUCAUUAUCAUCAGCCGUAUGGGUUUCAGCAUCAGAACUCAGGAAUGAUGAUGGGACCUGUGCAGCCUUAUCAGCAGCAACAACAACAGAACAUGAAUAAUCCCUUCGGCAACCCGUUUGUCUCGAAUAGUAAUCCACACCAACCGUAUGGCUCUGUUCAAGGAGGUUACAAUCCAUAUCCCACCCUUAUGUAA